AGGCAAAGACACACAGGUGUCAGGACAACAGCCACGUGCCGCAUCCACGUUAAACAUUCCUUCAAGUAGUCAAAGUGCAGGAGUGUUUUCCAGGUUAAAGUUCACUUUGUGUUCAGUUCCUAGAGAAUGUAGGUAUUUGUGCAUGUGUGUCAGCUAUCUUACUUUGUCCAUAGGACAAAAUUAGAAUAUAUUAGUCUGUGUUGACAUCAUCUGCAGGGUCAUAUUUCGUUGUUUUGGUUUCAGCGGACCCAACCUACCAAACCAGCUGUUCUAACAUCUGGAUGCAUCAGCGUGUUGAACUAAUCUUGCAGGGAUGGUGGAGAUGUGCAUGAACAUGGUUGUGCCGUACUGAUGUUCCACAGGAACUUCUGCUUGUUUACUGAAGCCUGUCCUCAGUGUUGAGUUCAUUUAGACUUACAGUAGUUUGGUGCUAAGCCCCAGCGAAUGUGUGAGAAACGUGAGCCCUCCUACUGUUCAUACAUUCCUGUUCUCAGGGUUACUGGGUUCAUAUGAAAAUGUGUUAUUGUGUUAGUAGAUUACUACUGUAUGAGCAGUGAAGCCGUUCCCAGAGCUGCAGCCACUGCAGGAAGUCAGUGGGACAUAACAGACAUGAAGAGAAACAUAAAGAGUCUUGGUCCAGUUAGACUCAAGUAUUCUGCAAUAGUACUUCAUAUAUUACUUUGACUCCUUAAUAUAUUAUGCUGUUGAAGCCAAAGUAAUUGAAAGUUGUGUUAUUGUUUUUUUCAAUAAUUUAUUUUUUAGCAAUAAUAGUUUUCUGUGGUAUGAAUUUUUCGAGCGAUUAUUCUGCAACAAGAAACAUCCAGGCGCUCAAAAAAGUAGACGCUUGACUUUUCAAGGCAACUGGUGCUGCUGCGUCGAAUAACUGCAGAGUUAGAAAAUAAACUGGAAUGUUGAACGUUACAGCACAAAAUGCAGCUUCUCUAACAAGAGAGGUGGAGGCAGAGAGGAAGGGAAUGUAAGACACACACACACAUGCAGGGGUGUCAUAUGUCCUUAUCAAAGAGGCAUUGUGCAGAAAGUCAGACUAUGUAAGCUAAGAAAGGACAUUUUAGUUUUUUUCUUUUAAAGUGAAACUGACAAAAAGUCUUUUAUUUGUUUGGAUAAGUCACCGUUGCCUUUGUCAGCACCUGGAGCAUUCACACUUCAUGUGUUAGUCAAAAAAUAUGAAUCUAAAUAAAAAUCAUGUUGCCAGCCCCCCCAGUGCUCUUCAUUAAAGUCAGUGCUCUCCUCCUCCAUUGUGGCCGAUGCAGGAUGUCCAGUUGCACAAAGAACCUCCCACUGGGGGAGUGUUCAGCCUCAGUAAUAAUAAUUUAGGGUUGUUAUCACUGUACCAGAAAACAUUUGAGUCCAUGGAUCCUCACUGAAGAGGUUUCCCUCCAAGUCUAACAGCCUGAAAUGGAUGACGACAGCCUGAAGAAGAGGAAGGAGUCCCAGAACGGCUCCUCAGGCCACAGUGUCGUCUCUCAGACCAAACAGGAGAAGCCUGCGAAGGCUACUGUGCUUCAGAAAGAUGUGGGCCUGGUGAGCGGCAUCUGUCUGAUCGUGGGGACCAUGAUCGGCUCCGGCAUCUUCAUUUCUCCCAAGUCUGUCCUGCUGUACUCUGGAGCCGUGGGACCCUGCCUCCUGAUCUGGGCAGCCUGUGGAGUGUUGUCCACUCUGGGGGCCCUGUGCUACGCUGAGCUCGGCACCAUGAUCACCAAGUCUGGGGGAGACUACGCGUAUCUAAUGGAGGCCUAUGGUCCCGUCCCAGCCUACCUUUUCUCCUGGACCACUGUGAUGGUGUUGAAGCCGUCCUCCUUCGCCAUCAUCACCCUGAGCUUCGCCAAAUACGCCUCCACGCCUUUCUACCCUGACUGCACUCCUCCAGUGGUUGUUACUAAGUGUCUGGCAGCUGCAGCUAUACUGGUGAUUGUCAGCAUCAACUGUCUGAGCGUCAGACUAGCGAGCUACGUGCAGAACUUCUUCACCGCAGCCAAACUUUUAAUCAUCGUUAUCAUUGUUGUCGCCGGCAUCGUUCUGCUGGCACAAGGAAACACUGAGAAUUUGUCCAAUGCAUUUGAGGACUCUUCACAGUCCUUUGGAGCAAUUGGACUCGCAUUCUACAACGGGCUUUGGGCUUAUGAUGGAUGGAAUCAGCUAAAUUUCAUUACAGAGGAGCUGAAAAACCCAUACAGGAACCUUCCCCUGGCCAUCCUCAUCGGGAUCCCUUUGGUCGGUGUGUGCUACGUGCUGGUCAAUGUGGCCUACUUCACUGUCAUGACCCCCAACGAACUGCUGCUGUCUGAAGCUGUAGCCGUGACCUUCGGGGACAGAGUCCUCCACCCAGUGUCGUGGAUCGUUCCGCUCUUUGUCGUCUUCUCCACGUUUGGUGCCGCCAACGGUAGCUGCUUCACUGCUGGCAGAUUGGCCUAUGUGUCUGGUAGAGAAGGUCACAUGGUAAAAGUCUUAUCCUACAUCAGUCUGAAGCGCUACACCCCAGCCCCUGCUCUCAUUUUCAAUGGCCUCUUGGCUCUUUGCUACGUGAUGCCAGCCGAUAUAAACACCCUCAUUAACUAUUUCAGCUUUGCUCAGUGGGUGAUUUAUGGGCUGACAGCAUUGGGUCUCAUAGUCAUGCGUUUCACAAAGAAGGAGCUGCACAGACCAGUGAAGGUGCCGAUUGUCAUCCCGGCCCUGAUGGUCCUGGUGUCUUGCUACUUGGUCCUGGCUCCCAUCAUUGAUAAGCCAGAGCUGGAGUAUCUCUACUGUGCUCUCUUCAUUUUUGGUGGACUUCUCCUUUACUACCCUUUUGUCCACCUGAAAGUCGAAUGGGCUCGAAAAAUCAUGAGACCUAUCACCAUGCAUCUCCAGCUGCUGAUGGAAGUAGUUCCCGCUGAGAAGACUGAAUGAAAACAAACCGGACUGACAAAAAAUCAUACUUUUACAUACUGUAUAUACUGCAGUGUACCUAAAUACAUAAAGUAAAAUACAGCAACUAUAUUUUCCCUGUAUGGUACUCCACAUAAACAUGCUUAUUAACCCAUACUGUGUUGCUAUGGUAGGAUCCAUAUGCUAAACUAAUGCGGCCAUGUUGAACAUUGCCCCCUGUAGUCCAUGUGCAUUAGUGUUUACUGGGAUAAGUUUCACCAUGUAGAGCUGCUCUUGGAGCUAGGUGUGUGUGUGUGUGUGUGUGUGUGUGUGUGUGUGUGUAUUUGUGUGUGUGUGUGUGUGUGUGUGUGUGUGUGUGUGUGUGUGUGUGUGUGUGUGUGUGUGCGCAAUUGAGAAAAGGGAAAUGGUAAACAGUGUUUACUCAUUAUUUACAAAUGCUCCCACUCCCGUAUUUCACACUGGAAGUACUGCAAUGUGCUACUGUGUGUUUAUUAAAAGUAUUAAUCUUGUCGAGCAUAAAGUGAUCAUGGGAAACAAACAAUUUGUGAUUUCUGUUUGUGUUAAGUUAAUUGCAUUUCUCAUAACUGUCUUCACAUCUAACUAAGUCACAAUGUGGCUUGAACAAGCUUAUAAAAAACAGUUUACAGCAUUAGUUGACAUGAGAGUAGUGGACUGAAUGGCUCAGCAUCCCGUGCAAUUUCCACUAGAUGUCAGUAUAUCCAUGUAAAUAUGAAACUACAAAGCAGCAGGAAACAGGGCAGUCAAUAUGACCAUUCAUAAAGGUAAUUUUGUGUUUUGUCAGUUAAUAUUGUGGUUUUUUUUGCAGCUGUACUUGUAAUAACCAAUGAGUGAGGACAGGGAGCAGCAGCUUUUAUUGUUGUGUCACUGUUAUGAAGAGUUAUGAAGAUGUUUGUAAUUAUACAUUUACCUGGAAGAGCAGGGAAUCUACAUAAUGCAUUUCUAUACAUGUUUUGAUUGUAUUGAAGGUAAAUAACUGCCUUUGUAUAGAGAAUCUCUCUCUCUGGUAUUUGUUGCUCUGCAGCGGCGCCUAAUGCUCCAUGUAGAGUCAAACUAAGGUUUCCACCGUGAGAUUUCGGUGAAAAACUGAAGGUCUUCCUCUGUAAGUGCCAGUAAAUUUGCAUUGGCUGUGCUGAAUGAGAAGCUGCUUGCUUAAUUCUGCCAAAUUAGACUGGAGCUGUCUGCAGAAGCAACAUGUUGGAUGCGUAUCUGGUCAUGUUUGGCUCUCUCUAAAUGUGUGCUGUGUUUUUGUUAAAGAAAGCUGUUUCUAAACCAACAGGCCCCACAUUAGGAUUGAAAAAAUUAAAACAGGCAGCGCUCUGCUGGCAGUUCUAAGCUCUGAUUUG